AUCACCUAGCUCUGGUUGGACGAGGAGUGGUGGAGAUGUGAGGUAGGCCUUUAAGGACUCAAUGGCAUCCUAACACUUGGAUGUCCAAAGAAUAUCCUUCGGGGAUUGUAAUCCCUUUAGCAUUUUGAAGAAAGAUAGGCACUUGUCUCCAGCCCGAGAGACGAAUUCGUUAAGGGACAUAACCCGACUGACCAGACAUUGAAUUUCUCAAACGGUUUUUGGUGGGGCAAUAUCUUGUAUUUCUUGGAUCUUGUUUGGGUUUGCUUCUAUCCCCCUCUUCGAAACAUGAACCCCAAGAAUUUUUUUGAAGUAACCCCGAAUGCACACUUUGUUGGGUUUAGUUUCAUCUAAUUCUUAUAUAAUUUUGAAUGCCUCCCUCAGAUCGAUCACAUGAUGACCACCUUCUAUGCUUUUGACAAGCAUGUCAUCCACCUAUACAUCCAUGUUCCUUCCAAUUUUCUUUGCAAACAUAAUGUUCACCAUUCUUUGAUAGGUAGCACCGACAUUCUUCAAGCUAAAUGGCAUUGCCUUGUAAUAGUAAUUGCCUCGUUUGGUCAGGAAUGAAGUAUUGUCUUCAUCUUCCUCCUUCAUACUUAUCUAAUUGUAUCAUGAAAAUGCGUCCAUGGAGGUCAGUAUCUCAUGGCCUGCCAUUGCAUUUGGUCUAUCCUCGGGAGCGGGUAACUAUCUUUUGGCCAGAUUUUGUUCGAUAAGUGUAAUCUAUACAAAAUUUCCAUUUUUUCUUUCAACUCCAGGGCCAUUAUGUCGUUGGUGAGCCACAUGGGGAAUUGUACUUCCUUGAUCAGGUGUGAAGCCUUCAACUUCUCUACCUCUUCAUUGAUAUUUUUUGUCACUCGGGGGUGAAAUUUCUUCUCUUCUGCUUGAACAACUUUCGCCAUUGUUUAGCGUUGAGGGUUUGCUCAAUGAUGGCUCUAGGGACACUGGGCAUAUCCUAUUCUGACAAGGUGAAGACAUCCGCAUUCUCACUGAGGAAGUGAAGUAUUUCCUUGACUUGUCCUUGGUUCAGUCGAGCUCCCAGUGGCACCGUUUGGUUGGGUUCUUCAUUGACCAAUUGUACUUGUACCAGCUCCUCCACCGGUUCCCCUCUUUAUAGGAGGGAUUCAUCUUGGAUGUCCCCAACUUUAAUCUCUCAUGCUGGGGGCGAAAUGACAACCAAAGUUUGCAUCGGUGUGUCAACCAGAGGAGGCGAAGGCAAGACCCCUACCCAUGGAAUCUCAUCAUUGGCCUACUAGUCGCCCCUUGAUCUUCUGGUUCUCCUUAUUUGCUGGGGAGAGGAUACAUGGGACACCCAUCGUGCAAAUUCAUAGUUUUGAGUAGAUGGCUUGAAUAAUAGCAUUCCCUCGCAAUAGUUGAUUCCACUAAGAAUGGAAAAAAAUUUGUCCUCUCGAAAGAGGUUUACCUUGGGUAUUUAUAGCUGAGGAGGAUGACUAUAGAGUGAGAGUCCUGCUUUGGAAGCUUCUUAGUACUGGUAGGAGUUUGAAUAUAAUAAGAAUUGUAACGGGAAAGUAGAUAUGGAAGCUGUCCCAUUUUUGGGAACUCCAUGCAUUGGCCAUAUCCUGGGGGAUAUCGUGCCAGGAUAUGAUGAGAUAUCCUCCCUUCUAGGGAAGAUUUGAUAUCCAUCAGGGGUCCUUUACAGACCAGGAUUAGUCCAUACCUUGUAGCUCAUGUGCCCGACUAGGAGAACCCAUGGGAAUCUUAGGUCAAGCGACCUCAGUGGGGUGGCCUAAUUGUCGAGCUACCUAUCCCGAGCGAGAAGUUGUAUAUGCCUCUUUCCAUUUUUCCAGUGUAUACCUUGGCCUUGCUGUUCGGUUACCAAACUAAUGUAGUUGGGCUUGUUCGGUGAUUCGGACAGCCAUGUGGCGAGACAUUUUGUAAUGUCCCCCUUACGCUAGUACUGGCCUAGUCAUUUGACUACUAAAGUCCCUUUGAUAAUAUUGGUCAGUAGGUCAGCUUAGGAUCUGGACUUCUGCUUUAGGUCGGGUGGAUGACCUCGUAAGACUUAGGCCAUUCGACUAGCCCUGCCGCUUGCUUGGUUCAUUUGGCAUAUUUUUUGUUGGUGGCAUAUUUUUACCAUAACACAUACUUUAAGGUCUCUUUCAAAGCUUUUAUGCUUUAUACCAGCAAAAGAUGGAAAUCUAUUAAAGAGCACAUGCAAAAACCUUUUUGGCGAAAUCUGAAUCAUCAGAUUAGACUGUCGAAUUGUAAGAUAUCGUGUCUGAAAUUUUUUACUAAAUAAAUCCUAAUUAUAUAUAUUUUUUUAUAUAUAAAUAUAAUAAUAAAUUUAGAAUGAAAUAUAAAAUAACAAUAAAAAGGCUUUCAGUAGAGUCUUGCUGAUGGCAAAUACUCUCCCUGGCAUGAAGAGCUAUUUUUUCCCACAGAGCUAGAUCAUGUCGGCUAGAACAACCUCCGUUUGAUAGAUGAGGUUUUUCUAGUGUUGAGAGCACACACUCUCCGAAGAGAUUCUCUGAGCCCUACUAUGAAUUACAGGGAACCCCUCAAACAAAUAGUAGGAGAAAAAUAGAGAGAGAGAGAGAGAGAGAGAGAGAGAAGAAGAAGAAGAAGAAGAAGAAGAAGAAGAAAGGAAGAGAUCCCCACAAAAAGGUUUCGCCCCACACGCUAGGGCUCUGCCCAGAUUGUAGAAGAAGUAUUAAAAGUAUGCCUAAGUCAAUACGAAUAGGCCUUAGGGCCAAAAUAGGUAAGUAUCCUUAUGCUUUCCCUUUUCAUUUAUUUCCAUAAUAAACAUUACAUGCCGUUAAAAUGCCUAAAAUAGCAUAAGUAGGUAUCUACUUAUCAAAUAUGUGCAGUUAUAAUGCCCAAAGUUUCUUAGAUAAGAUUCUCAUUCAUCCAAUUUAAGCAGUUAUAAUGUCCAAAUUUUUUGAGUAAUUUAUCCACUAUUUUUUUUUUAAGAUAUAAAAUGGGUAUUAAUAAAGUAUAUCAGAAAAAAAUUAAAUACUGAAUUCACGUUUGGACAUCCCCAAACGGCAAGAAUGAGACGAAAGAUUAAUAUGGAGAACUCCAAGAGAGGAAAUGUUCCUUUUCAGCAUGGAGUAAGCCUCUCCAAAUCCCAAUGCUUUUAAUCUCAAAAGGAUAUUGAAGACAUGAAGAGAAUUCCCUAUGCUUCGGCAGUGGGAAGUCUCAUGUACACUAUAUUGUAUACUAGGCCAAACAUUUGCUAUUCCGUUGGGAUUGUGAACCAGUAUCAAUCCAAUCCUGGAUGUGAGCAUUGGACCGCUGUCAAGAAUAUCCUCAAGUAUUUAAGAAAUACUAACUGUCUUGGUCUAUGGGUCAGAUCAAUUAUCAGUUAUGGGGUACAUAGAUUCCAAUUUUCAAACUGAUAAAGAUGAUAGAAAAUCCAUGUCAGGGAUGAUUUUCAUGAUUGGUGGUGGAGGUGUUAUUUGGAGGAGUGCAAAACAAAUGUCUACUGCUGAUUCUACCACUGAGGCUGAAUACAUAGUGGCCAGUGAAGCAUCCAAAGAAGUAGUUUAGUUGAAGAAAUUCUUGAAUGAUCUCGGAGUUGUCCCUAAGCUUGUUAAGGAUCCCAUUCUAUUGUAUUGUGAUAACAAGGGGGCAAUGGCUCAAGCAAAGGAGCAUAGGACUCAUCAGAGGAACAAGCAUAUGUAGCAGAAAUAUCACCUGAUAAGGGGGAUCAUUGGUCAAGGUGAUGUAGCUGUCAUGAAGUUGACUCAGCAGACAAUGUAUCAGAUCCCAUGACUAACGGCUUAGCACCUAAUGUGGUUUUGAAACAUGUGGAAUCUAUGGGUGUAAAGCAUAUGUGAUAUUGGUUUUGAUGUACAAGUGAAAUAUUGUUGGAUAUGUAUGUCCAUCAAACCCGGUUUAUUAAUAAGAUUGUUUAAUUUCAUUUAUGCAUGUCAUUUACUUAUUGGGCUCGUAAGUUGUUCCAUGGGUUUUCACCCAAAAUUAUUUUUAGCUAGGGAUAGGACUGGACAUCCUAUUAAUAUGGUCAUUACAUUGUAAGUCACCAGGGAUGUGAUUCCAGUACAUAUAUGUAAGAAGUCUCACUUUUGAAGGGAUUGUCUCACAAUUGUCAAAUCCCGGUAUACCACAACAAAAUGGUGUCUCUGAGAGACGCAACAGGACCUUGUUAGACAUGGUCAGGCCUAUGCUCACUUUUAGUGAGUUGCCUUUAUCCUUCUGGGGGAAACUGUGAUUUAUAUUCUGAAUGGGGUCCCAUCUAAAUCUGUACCUAAAACCCCAUUUGAGUAGUGGUAUGGGCGCAAGCCUAGCCUAAAUUAUUUUAGGGUACAGGGUUGUCCUGCGCAUGUACGCAUGCAACAAACAGAUAAGUUGGAACCUCGCACUUCUAGAUGCUAUUUUUUGGGAUACCUAAGGGCACGAUUAGUUACUACUUCUAUGACCCCACUAAUCAAAAGGUCGUCAUAAGUAAACAUGUUACUUUUAUUGAGGAAGACCUUACCUCCAAAAGAACUGAACCUGUGAUUUAUAUUCUAUGCCUGUCCUAUGUGCACCUACAGUCGAACCAGUUAACAUAAACCCUAUACCUACUAGCACUCAAGAGCCUCGAUGUGGUGGGAGGUCUAUCAAACCACCCGAACGUUUCACUCUUCUUACUGAAAAAGAUAAGACUGUGGAAGAAUUCUAUAUGGUCUCCACUGAAAUGGAUGAUGAUCCAUACACUUAUUCAGAGGCACUUAAAGAUGUUGAUACAAGUAAAUGGCUAGAAGCUAUGUGCUCUAAGACCAAUUCAUAUCACUCAAACCAAGUCUGGACUCUUGUAGAUCCACCACAUGGCGUCAAGCCCAUUGGAUGUAAGUGGAUCUUCGAGAGGAAGAGAGGUACAGAUGGGAGUGUUAAAAGAUUCAAAGCAAAACUGGUAGUUAAAGAUUAUACCCAACAAAAGGGUAUAUAUUAUGAAGAAACAUUUUCUCUAGUAGCGAUGAUGAAAUCAAUUAGGAUUUUGUUAGCUAUUGCAGCACACUUUAAUUAUGAUAUCUGACAGAUGGAUGAGCAAACUGCAUUUCUUAAUAGAUUUCUUGAUGAAGAAAUCUACAUGCAUCAGCUAGAGGGGUUCACAUCAAAUGUUGAUGAGAACAAAGUGUGCAAAUUGCAGAGAUCCAUUUAUGGUCUCAAAUAGGCUUCUAGAAGUUGGAACAUCUAUUUUGAUCAAACAAUCAAAAUGUUUGGCUUUGAACAAAACAUGGAUGAAACUUGUGUUUACAAGAAAUUUAGUGGGAGUGUGGUUUGUUUCCUAUUAUUAUAUGUAGAUGGCAUACUGCUUAUAGGGAAUGAUGUGGGUAUGCUUUCAACGGUGAAAAAGUGAUUGUUCACUAAAUUCUCCAUGAAAGACUUAGGCAAAGCCAAUUACAUCCAUGGGAUUAAGCUUGUGAGGAAUCGGAAGAGAGGGAUGUUAGACUUGUCACAAUCCACAAAUAUAGAAAAAGUCUUGGCCAGAUUUAAUAUGGAGAACUCUAAGAGAGGAAAUGUUCCUUUUCGACAUGGAGUAAGCCUCUCCGAAUCCCAAUUCCCUCAAUCUCAAAAGGAUAUUGAGGAGAUGAAGAGAAUUGAAUUCCCUAUGCUUCGACAGUGGGAAGUCUCAUGAACACUAUAUUGUAUACUAGGCCAGACAUUUGCUAUUCUGUUGGGAUUGUGAACCAGUAUCAAUCCAACCCUGGACGUGAGCAUUGGACUGCUGUCAAGAAUAUCCUCAAGUAUUUAAGAAAUACUAAGUGUCACUUCUUGGUCUAUGGGUCAGAUCAAUUAUCAGUUAUGGGGUACAUAGAUUCCAAUUUUCAAACUGACAAAGAUGAUAGAAAAUCCAUGUCAGGGAUGAUUUUCAUGAUUGGUGGUGGAGGUGUUAUUUGGAGGAGUGCAAAACAAAAGUCUACUGCUGAUUCUACCACUGAGGCUGAAUACAUAGCGGCCAGUGAAGCAUCCAAAGAAGUAGUUUAGUUGAAGAAAUUCUUGAAUGAUCUCGAAGUUGUCCCUAAGCUUGUUAAGGAUCCCAUUCUAUUGUAUUGUGAUAACAAGGGGGUAAUAGCUCAAGCAAAGGAGCAUAGGGCUUAUCAGAGGAACAAGCAUAUGCAGCAGAAAUAUCACCUGAUAAGGUAGAUCAUUGGUCAAGGUGAUGUAGCUGUCAUAAAGUUGACCUAGUAGACAAUGUAUCAGAUCCCAUGACUAACGGCUUAGCACCUAAUGUGUUUUUGAAACAUGUGGAAUCUAUGGGUGUAAAGCAUAUGGGAUAUUGGUUUUAAUGUACAAGUGAAAGAUUGUUGGAUAUGUAUGUCCAUCAAACCCAGUUUAUUAACAAGAUUGUUUAAUUUCAUUUAUGCAUGUCAUUUAUUUAUUAGGCUUGUAAGUUGUUCCAUGGGUUUUCACCCAAAAUUGUUCUUGGCUAGGGAUAGGAGCGGACAUCCUAUUAAUAUGGUCGUUACAUUGUAAGUCACCAGGGAUGUGAUUCUAGUACAUAUACGUAAGAAGUCUCACUUCGGAAGGGAUUGUCUCACAAUUGUCAAAUCCCAGUAUACCACAACAAAAUGGUGUCUCUGAGAGACGCAACAGGACCUUAUUAGACAUGGUCAGGCCUAUGCUCACUUUCAGUGAGUUACCUUGUAAUCCAGUGUAUUCUACGAAGUUAGUUUUGUCCAAAGACUGCAGUGUGCACUUGCUUAUCAAAAGUACUAAUUUGUUGCUUUGAAAUGUAUAGACUUAUAGUUGGUUCCAGAUUAUUUUGAAUAAACAUUAUUCAUUUCUUAUCUAUUUUCAAUAAACCCCAGUGUAGAGGAAACAAAAAUGGAGCAAUUUAGCAAUGAUUUAUAGGUUUACAGGGUCUCACUGUAACCAAAUGCUUAAUACUUUACAAUAUGAACUUAUUUCUUACAAAUUCAGAAGGCACUCACUAAGGCUUUUUCGUUUCCCCUCCCCCACCCUUUUUUGGUUACAAUAAUAUAAUGUCUAAUUAUAGAGAUGAAGGUAGAAUAACUUGAUGUCUUGCGACGUAACAUAUGUAUCCCAUAGUUGAAUGUGUCUUUCUUAAGAAAUUACUAGUGAACUUAAGCAUUAUCUUAAAAAUCUAAUCCAUACAAAUCAUGUAAUUUUGCCUUAUUUAUUCAAUUAGCUUAUAUCAUACAUUUCUAUUUGCUACAUAACAAAAGCCCAUACGUGCAUUGCUUGUGCAAGUUUACUAGUAUGUAUAUAUAUAUAUAUAUAUAUAUUUGUGUGAAAUUAUCUUGUACCGCCUCUAAAGUUGAAAAUAACUUGGAGUAACCCCAAAAAUGAAUAUAAUGUCUACCACAACCCUAAUUUGUAACACCGUUAACGGAAAAUGAGAAAUGUCCCUUUUACCCUUAUAAUCAAACUCUAAAAAAAAUAAAACCCAUUUUCUUUCAAACCAUUGCAUGCUCUCUCUCACCAGGUGCUCAGCCAUGACCUUAGCUAGGAGUAGAAUAUUAAUUCAAACAAGAUGCAAGCCACUGCUUUAUUGGUAAUUUUUCUGUUUAUUUCCCCCCUUUUUCUAGUGGAAAUUUUUGGCAUCUCAAUAUCAGAUGUCCUAUAAGCACCAAGUAGAAGUGAUGAAACACAAUCGAGUUAACAUCAAAUGUCAUAAUUAUAGCCCUUAAUCUCAAGAUUCUACAUCUGCCAAAGUUCAACAAAACUAAAGCUAGAGAGGACGAAAUGGACAAAUACACAUGGAACUAAUCCAUUCAAAGAAGGGCACAAUCCUCGACUAUUAUCAAAUAAACGUAAAGCGCAAGAGGGAGCAAGAUCAUAGCAUACCUGAUGUCGAAUAAGAUAAUUGAUGCCAAAGUAAGUCUGCAAUAGGCCAUGUACCUAGGGUUUUAGAAUACAUAAACCUUAGCAUCUCCGAUAACGUAGUGAUAGCUUCAAACCAUGUGGCUGGUGCCUGCACAGGGCGACGCACAUGUCUUCUUCUUAAAUGACCCGAUUUUGAGUAAUCUCCACUGCGAUCAUCCUCAUCAUCCUUGCACAACAACAGUCUCUGAUGCAACACUCAAUAUAGAAGCAUCGCCGCAUCAGCGGUUGUAGCCAUUGUCCCCGUAGCCAUUAGCUUAAGGAAUCCACAACUGCAAACGAAUUCUCAAGGAAAGCCCCCUAAAAUCGACGAUCUUGAAAGGGAAGAUCAUUGACAUGUUGAUACCAAAAAAGUGAUACUUUUACAAUCAAAUAUGUAUAAAAGAAUUAGAUGCUUCCACAUAUAUAGUUGAAUAACAUACCCAUAAGGGUAGAUUGACCAUUUAGCAAAAAAAUGAUUGUUCACUUAUUGUCUUAAAUCUAACAAAAUGGGUUUUUUUAUAUAUAAUUUUAUGAAAGUGAGGGGUCUACUGGACAUUAUUUCAUUUUUAGGUGUUACUCAAAGUUAUUUUUAAUUUCCUUUUUUUUUUUUUUUUAAUAACAGCACAGCUACGGCAAAAACACAGCGACAUGCAACUCUUAGCAGUGACGUGCAACAUAACCAUUGACACCCAGCUUUGAUACUAAAGUAAUAAUAAAAAAAAAAGAAAGAAAGCAAAUAGGUAUUUAGGAUCUGGGAUUACCUUGAUGUAGCUUUGCUCAUAGCGGGAUGGAUCGGGUUAUGGUACACGUUGAUCCGCAUGAACAACGAUGAACAAAGGACUGGAAUGAUCUUUCUUUUUACCAAAAUAAAAGAUAAGAUUUUCUCCUUAGCGUACAAAGUCUACAUAGAUUUUCAACUGAAAAAACAAACUAAGUUUUUGUCUCAAGUCCCCAAACGAAUGUGUGAUAUUAAUUAAGUGCGUUGCUGCUUUGGCCAUGCAUAGAAAAUUUAGAAUCCUAGAUACAGGACAUCUUGUUGAUGUUCUCGACUGUAUUAAUUAAUGAAGUCUUUUUUUUUAUCAUAUAUAAAAGAAAAAUAAUUCAACUAACAUAUCAUUCUUACCAAAAGGGAAAAAAAUGCCUCAAAUUAUUUUCUUCUUCUUCUUAUUUUUUUUAUGAAGAAAAGAGAAUCUAUUAAUUAAACAUUAUCUCCCCAGGCCAAGGACCUAGAGAAGUACAUAUGCUGCAAGUGUCUCAUAGUGUGAUUAGAGUCCCUAUAUUUACACGUGCCCAUACUGAGCAUAGAUAUCCCAAAACACCUCAAAACUAUAGUACAACCAUGGCGAGUGGGACAGUAAUGGAAUAGGCUGAAGAAGAUCCUUUGAGGAGAACCAAACUUCAGUGAUAGCCCAAUGCAUAGCGGACACCUAACGCAGACCAUAUAAAACCCCAUCAGCUUCAAUUUCAACGAGAGAGUGAGUUGUGGAAGAACCCUAAUAGAUAACCUGAAAUUGACCAUGAAAUAGAACACCACACAACCAAAAAGAUCUUGGCCUAAAAAAAUUAGUAAACCCAAUACAUACUAAAACACAAAAUGGAAAAAAAGGUAGUGGGCUUUCCCUGUUCAAGAAGAAUGCUAAAUAAUCUGUGAUAUAGGGAGAAACAGUGACAUUGUUAGAGACUUGGAAUAGAUCUAAAUCAUGCAUCCAACGAUUAAUCAUCAAGAUAAUCGACAUGGGGGUUGGGGUUCAUAUGAUUUACCAUGAUAUCAUUACGAUGGGACCAAAUAAAAUACACAACAAUAGCCAUCAUGCUAAAAAUCCUACGUACAUCAGCAUGGGAUAAAAGGGCUCAUAAAAAAUCUGUUUUACGAGUCCCACAACUGAGGGAGCAUUAAGGCCCUCUUUGGUAUCAUUUUUAUUUUUGAUUUUUACUUAAUUAAUAAAAAUCAUCAAUCAAAACUAUUUUUUAUCAAAACAUAAAAAUGGUUUGGUAACUACUUGAGAAAAAUGGUUUCAUAUGAGAAAUAGUUUAGCAUCUCUAUGUGUAAAAUUAUUUUUUGAAUAAAUGAGUAAAGAGAUUCCCUUCACAAAUUUGCUUUAUAACUAUUUUUCUCCACUUUGGGUUAAACAAGAGGGGAUAAGGGGCUUGGAUUUCUAAUUAUAAACCAAAUGACUACUGUACCCCUUCAUAUUGAGACUUUAAGCACGUGCUCAUUAAAGUUCGGCACAAAAAUAGCUGAAAUUCACUUUUGACCAAAACACAUAAAUGACUCUUGAUCUCUUUUUUAUUUUUAUAUUUUACCAAUUUUUUUUAAAUAGAAAAAAGCUCCAUAAAUGAUACCAAAUGCUGCCAAAACCAUUUUUGUGAACAAAAGUCAAAAAGAAAAAUGAUACCAAAGAGAUUUCAAAUAAUUUUCUUAUGAUUUCUAGCAUAAGCUCAUUGAUUACCUAAAAAAAAAAGCACAAGCUCAUUCCAUGUAUCCACUGGGCAUGAACGGAUCAAGUUCACGUAUGAGAAUGUUCUUGUACAUCCUUGGUCAAUGGAUUUAGAAUCUAUUAAAUGAAGAGAGAAAAUUGAUUCUAAAUUCACGGACCAGGAUCGUUUUCAUAAAUUAUCGUCCUGAUCUGCUCUCCCAGUGGGCCUGGCACACCUUUGCAAGGAAUCCUAUGGGCUGUGGCGGAGGUGGCUUUUGAUCUUAUUCAGGUCGGGAGACUCGUCACUUGGUACUUGUGAAGAUGAAAACAUCCAUCUCCUGCAUGCAACGGCUAAAACCCUAACAAAACCCCUUGUUGCUAUUACCGCAAUUGAACUGUGUUAUCGUCGUGGAGUGAAAAGCCACAGUUUUUAGUAUAAAAAUUAAAGAUUCUUCCCAAUUCAAAAAUUUAUCUUCAGCGAGUAUCAAUCAAUGGCGUUUGUGAGCUUCAAGAAGAACUAUCGCUCCGUCCCUUCUCCACAACAAUUCUAUACUGGAGGACCUUUCGCAGUAUCCUCUGAAGGUUCUUUUUUAGCUUGCACCUGCGAUGACAAGAUAAAGAUCGUCGACGCAACGAAUGCUUCGAUUAAAUCGACUAUUGAGGGAGAUUUAGAGGGCAUCACUGCUCUGGCUCUCAACCCUGACGAUAAACUCCUUUUCUUUGCCAGCCAUAGCAGACAAAUUAGGAUUUGGGAUCUCUUCUUCUCCAAAUGCCUGCGUUCUUGGAAGGGACAUGAUGGGCCUGUGAUGGGCAUGGCUUGCGAUGCGUCUGGUGGAUUGCUUGCUACAGCUGGAGCAGAUAGGAAAGUUCUUGUGUGGGAUGUUGAUGGAGGGUACUGUACUCAUUACUUCAAAGGUCACAAGGGAGUUGUUACCAGUAUCAUUUUCCAUCCUGACCCAAACCAGUUACUUCUGUUCUUUGGUAGUGAAGAUGCAACUGUUCGGGUGUGGAAUCUUGUUACUAAAAAAUGCAUGGCAGUACUAGAAAAUCAUUUUUCAGCAGUUACUUCCUUGGUAGUUUCUGAAGAUGGAUGGGCCUUACUCAAUGCUGGAAGAGACAAGACCCUUCUACUGUCCAGUCACAAGUUGGUGCUGCUGGUCCAUCCCAAGCUGGGCCUUCUACUGGUGUGGGUGGAUCUCUCAGGAUGGCCACCAUCCCCUUUCAUGGCUUCUCGAACUGGUCUUAUCCCAACGCAGCCCAUCCUAGUAUCCCUCAUCUUCUGGGGUGGAGACUAGAAGAAGAUGCUUUUCUUGGGCUGCCAAUUCCAUAUAACUGUGUAAGUAUAUAACCAUCUCUCAUUUGAUUGACUUUUGACUACCUUUGACUGAUAUAGUCUUCAUCAGGUGUCUCCAGAGUCUUAUGCCGAGCUUAGGAGGAUGCUCUAGAGCUUAUGUGAGGUGGUGCUCAACAAGGUAUCAACUCCUUCUUUUUUGUUUUUCUUUUUUUUUUAACCUUGUCCUUCUUCUUUAGUACUCUUUUUCUUGAUCAUUCCUCAUACUUCCCAAGAAGGAGAGAACACUAUCUUAUAGAGCCAAGUCAGCUCUUACCAACAGGAGAAUGCCUAGCAGCAUGCACAGAUUCAAGAUCUCACCCAGAGAUUGGUGAACUUGGGAUUAUCACCUACUAGCUCUUCGACAUUCCAUGAGGACAACUCCGAGUAUAGUUUAGACGAGGAUUUUGACUCUUAGGGGUCUGUUAUUGUAGUUCCUGCAAGCACAAACACAUGUAUACACCUUUCUCUUUUUCUUUUUCCUUCCUUAUGUUUAUUCCUUCUUCUUUUUGUAUUACCAGAUUUGGCCUUUUAUAAAUGAAGAUCUAUCUAUGACAUAAAGAAAAUCUUAUUUAUGAAUUUGAAUUUUUAGGCACAAUUAAUUCCACAACUCAAGUCUUCAUUAGAAUAAUUGGAUAAC